AUGUAUGCUCGGGCUCCCCGUGUGCUUAAAUUGGCUGAAGGUGGCAGCACUGAGGAUCAUGUGGGUCCUGGAUCCUACCAGGUACCGUUCCUGAAGCAGCAGGCAACAGGUGGCUAUGCACCAUUCCUUUCUUUGGCUGCCGGAGAAAGUACUUUUACCGUUGCCUCUAACACCGAGAAAGCUGUUCCAGGUCCAGGACACUAUAAUGUUUCAGAGGUGCAGAAAAUGUCAAGGGCACUUACAGUUUCCAGAAUUGUUGAUGUUCCUUCGAUUCCUUCUUGUGGACGGUCAUAUGGUUAUCAUAUUAAUGAGGAUGGCAGCAUCACAAAACAUUUUCCACCUGCUAUUGACAGUACACUAGGUCCAGCAUACUAUAAACCUCAGUUUGAUUUUUCCAAUGUAACUUUGAAAUACAAGGGGAUACAUUUUGGCAACUCUUUGGGAAGACUAGAGUUACCUAUAAAGUCAGGGCCUGGUCCUGGACAGUAUGAUAUAACCCAGAAAAAGGCACUGCAUUAUGAAAAUAUUAACAUCAAGAAAGAUCAACAGCAAAAUCAUUGCUCAAAUCUCCCACGACUUUAUGAAGUAAUAAUAUUGCAGGAGGAAAAAAAGAGGUUUAUCCCUAUGAAAUCAAUCACCCCAGCUCCUGGUGCAUAUAAUGAAUCUCGAACUGCUUUCAAGCCCUUGAAGAAAACACCAGGACUGGAAAAUACCUCAUUUGGUCAAAGUGCUGCUCGAUUCACACAAGACUCUAGGACAGAGAAAAUGCCAGGUCCUGGGUUUUAUAAUAUCCAAAACAAUACUUUAAUUGACAACUUUAGCAAUACCUGCUUGAAGAAACAAAAGAAAAGUGCAUUUGGUUCUUCUGUUCCUCGGACUCUCUUCCUGGUUGAGAAAGAAGUUCCUCCUACUCCUGGGCCUGCUGGCUAUAAGGUUUUUUGGAAUUCACAGGUCUGUGGAAUUUCUGAUGAACUACCUAACUUGGCUAACCGAUAUGCUGCUUUCUCGUCAAGAACAGAAAGAACUACUAAAGUAUCAGAUAUGGAUGUUCCAGCACCAGGCACCUAUGAUGUUCAAAAAUCAUAUGAGAUGUCUCAAGUUCAGCAUAAGUACAUGCCACCUCGUAGUUUGGUGGCUAGAAUAAAACAUGCCUCGUUUCUUAGCGCAACUCCUCGGUGCCUGGACAAAAUGAAUGAUGGGCCAGGGCCUGCAACAUACAAUCCUGUUUUAAAGAAAUCUUGCUCCAUACCCUUAUUUGUUAAAGCAUCAAAUCGUUUUAAAGAUUCCGAAGAGAUUACUCCUGGUCCAGCGACAUAUGAGGUUUGUCAAUGA